UGGACCACUAUUUCGUGCUCAAUUGUUUGUAUCGUAAAUUUAUAAUCGGUAAUGAAUAUUACGAUUAAAAGUGAGAAUAUACAUAUUAAAAAUGUUAGAGAAGAUGAAAAUUGCGGCGUGGAAAUGGCACUGGUGUUUGUACUUGGUGCUACUGCUGGUGUAUAGUUCUCGUGGAGAUAAAUUCACCGUGGGCUACAUCACAGGCUCGCAGCGCCGACCAGGAGACUACGUGUACGAAAUGCCCGGUCGCGUUAUAUCAGGAGCAAUUUCAAUGGCAGUCGAUGAAGUAAAUGAAAAGUUAAUGGCACCAAUGGGACACUCGAUGGAUUUCACCGUCGCUGAAACCUACGGCCAGGAAGAAGUUUCCAUACGUCAGGUGGCGAUGUUGUGGGCAGCCAACGUGUCGGCGUUUAUCGGGCCGCAAGAAACCUGCGUCCACGAGGGCCGCAUGGCCGCUGCUUUUAACUUACCUAUGAUAAGCUAUUUCUGCCGCGACGUGGCGAGCUCAAACAAGCGUGUGUACUCAACGUUCGCGAGGACUCGGCCCUCAGACAUCGACAUCUCCCGCUCCGUGGUCGCCGUUCUCAACCAUUUCAAUUUCAUGCAUGUAUCGUUCGUAUAUCUAAAAGGAAAACAUCACGACUACUCGAGACUUGCUCAAGCAAUUAUAACAGCGGCAAGGGAGAAACAAAUAGCCGUUCAUCCCAUAGCUGUGUACCAUCAGCCUUAUCACUAUGAAAGCAAACUGGAGAAUUACACUCGUAACCCCUUCCUGGAUAUAGUAAGAGACACUUACAAAGACACUCGAAUAUACGUAUGCGUCGGACUUUGGCACGAUCACAUUGGUCUUAUGCUCGCUUUGGAUGCAUUGAAGCUUUUGGAUUCUGGCGAAUACGCAGCAAUCGGUGUAGACGUAGAAACGUAUAAAGCUGACCAGGCAACACAGUAUCUUGUUGGUCUAGUAGCAAAUGACCCACCAGCCCAGGCCAUGAGGGUCUUCAGAUCUUACUUGGCAGUGACUCCUUCUCCGUCACCAUCAUAUCCAGCUUUCUCGAAGGAAGUGAACAGGCGACUUCAGAUGCCUCCAUUUAACUUCAUCAAUCCUUUGGAGAUUUUGGGAGGCUUGAAAGUGAUCCCGGUCGAAGCAGCGUGGCUACACGACGCGGUGUGGGUGUAUGCGCGUGCGCUUGCAGAAUCGCUCAGCAUCGGCGAAGGACCUCGUGACGGCCGUGCUAUCGCCGCUCGGAUGAGAAACACCACCUACCGUAGUGUUAUGGGUUACACAGUACAUAUGGACGAAAACGGCGACGCUCAAGGCAAUUACACUUUACUGUCGAUUGACCCCAGCCGCCCGCCCGGGCUCUACCCACUCGCUGUUCUGCACAAAUCUGCACCGGAGGUUAGAUUUUUACGCGAAAUGAAUUGGCCUGGAGGAAGAGCACCGCUGUCUGAACCACCCUGUGGUUUUCGAGGAGAAAAAUGCGCAAGUCACGUGGGAGCAUGGGCUCUCGGAGCCUGCGGAGGGACAUUAGCGCUACUGGUGUUAGCAGCUUUAGCACUAUACCGCGGUUGGCGAUACGAACAAGAACUGGAUUCCUUGCUGUGGAAGAUCGACUUUCGGGACUUGCAUUUGCCUGAAGAGGAUCAACGAGCCAACAAACUGAGUCCAGUAUGUGCGGGAGUUGUUGGUCUAAAAAUGCCCAGAUAUUGUUUAUUCGGAGACACGGUUAACACUGCUAGUCGAUUUGAAUCCACUGGAGCCCCGUUAAAAAUCCAUUGCAGCGCGGCAUGUAAAGCUUUAUUGGAUCAAUUAGGAGGCUACAUUUUAGAAGAAAGAGGAGUAGUCGCUAUGAAAGGCAAAAGAGAUCAGGUAACUUAUUGGCUGAGAGGGGAAGAACCAAAAGCCGCCGCUGCACGAGCCAAACGGCGAGCGCAAAGAGAAGAUAAUUCGCAACCACCACCAUUGGAGAAACGAGGGCAACGGAGUUCCUUGAAAAGUCGAAACUGGAAAAAUCAACUGGGCGGGUUACACAGAUGUUGCAGUUUAGAAUCUCCUAAGAAAUUAAGGUUUGCAUCUGGAAGCCACUUGGAAUCUCAUACAGAUGGUGUGUUGCAUCAUCGGAGUGACGAAUAUCUUAUGGAGGUCAUAGGCGAAGGCCGUUUAGCUCCAGUACAACGUGGCGAUCUUUUGCAAGCGCCUUGUCUCCGGCACGAAUACACAAGCAUAUCUUGCCCCAUAAUCGAGCACGCAGAAAGUGCACCUGCUCCACCAGCCGCUACCUCCUGCACUCCUCUGUUAACCCAAGAAAAGAAAAUUCCCCAAGACCUAGACAAAAACCCCAUAGACGCUACACCUUGCGAUAUCAAAUUAGUCAUCAACGGGUGCACGUAUAAUGACAGGGAAGCGGGCAUGCCGUUACUGGCGGACGCAUAAUGUACUUAAUACUAGUCAAUAGUUGAAUUCCAGACGUUUACAAUCGCAACACGACUACUUCAGAGCUCAAUUAGUCUCGUUCGUUUUGUAAUUUGUUAACACCUGGAUACGAUAAUAUAUUUGGGGAUUUAGUAUACACACCUUUUAGACUAAGAAAUUAUAAUGUCUUGAACGAAUUUGUAAUUGUAAAGUGCAAACAGUUUCCUUUAGAGGGCUUAAGACAUGGUUUUCUUGUAGUCUAUUGCAUAUUGUACUCUCCAGUUAUGUUGUCAAGCGUGAAGCGAUACCCUUAGCGAUAAUGUGAUCUAUGUCAGUAUUAUUAAGAGACCUUAUUCAAUAG